AUGAUAACAUUUGUAAAUACAAUGAAAUCUUACCAAGCGCUACGAAGCCAUGUGGCUUAUAUGAUAAAACGCCUACUGAUAAUGCUAAUUCAUACCAGUGGCUUGUUCCGUUACGAGCCUACGGCUGCUUCUGAGGUUGAAAUCAGAAACUUUUCAUCCAGUUGGGCUGAUGGAAUGGCAUUCUGUGCAUUGAUACAUCGAUUCGCACCAAAUUCGUUCGAUUUUCGAACACUCAAUCCGAAAGAUCGAAGAGAGAAUUUUGAAUUGGCAUUUAGGGUGGCCGAGUUGGUUCUUUUUUUUCUACAUGAAUCCCAUUUAAGCAUAGCUAAAAUGAGGUGUUUUUGCGGUUUUUAGUG